AUGGCUGCUGUUCUGAUUCCUGGCUUGUUCUUCCUCCUCAUCAUGUGUCUCUCGAUCUCACCUUCAUUGCAGCACGUAAGCGAGGCAGAACCGCUCCUGCGGUUCAAGAACUCGGUGAAAAUAACAAAAGGGGACCUAAACUCAUGGAGAUUAGGAACAGAUCCAUGCAAUGGAAAAUGGUUUGGGAUCUAUUGCCAAAAGGGUGUCACAGUCUCAGGCAUUCACGUCACACGUCUCGGUCUCUCAGGAACCAUCAACGUCGAUGAUCUAAACGCUCUCCCAAAUCUAAAAACCGUCAGGCUCGACAACAACCUCCUCUCAGGUCCUCUCCCUCAUUUCUUCAAAAUCCGUGGCCUUAAAUCCAUAAUGCUCUCAAACAACACCUUCUCCGGAGAGAUCCCUGACGAUUUCUUUAAAGACAUGACAAAGCUCAAGAGGCUGUUUCUUGAUAAUAACCAAUUCGUGGGGAAGAUCCCUACCUCCAUCAUGCAGCUGCCUCAUCUCGAGGAGCUUCACAUGCAAGGUAAUAAGUUCUCUGGAGAGAUACCUCCGUUGAUCGAGACCAACAAGAACCUGAAAUCACUCGAUCUCUCGAACAACCAGCUCGAAGGAGAGGUCCCAGCGAGCUUCUCGGAUAGGAAAGAUCUUGUUAUGAAAUUGGAUGGUAACGCUAACUUGUGCGGCAAGGCGGUGAACAUUGACUGUGAGAGUAUCGAUCCAAAAGAAUUCGGGGGCGAUCCCCCGGCCUCCGGGGGAUCCAACAGGACCACGAUGAACGUGGUCCUGUUGGCCAUCACAUUUCUCAUCAUGUGUUGUAUUGUUGUUGGAUUUAUAAAGAAGCAAAACAAGAAAAGAAACUCCGGUUUCCGCAAGCUCGACAAAGAGCGUCCUAGCGAUGUCGUGGAGGUCACGGUACCCGAAUCCACGACGGUUAAAAGGUCUACAGAAUCUAGCAAGAAGCGCGGUGGAAACUCCGAGGGAGGCUCUACCAAGAAAGGCUCGUCUCACAAUGGUAAAAGUGGUGGAGGAAGAGGAGGAGGUGGAGGAAUGGGUGAUAUCAUAAUGGUGAAUACGGACAAGGGCUCGUUUGGUUUGCCUGAUCUGAUGAAGGCUGCUGCUGAGGUGCUAGGAAACGGUAGUCUUGGUUCAGCUUACAAGGCGGUGAUGGCUAAUGGAUUAGCCGUUGUGGUGAAGAGGAUUAGGGAUAUGAAUAAACUCGCAAGUGAACCUUUUGAUGUAGAGAUGAGACGGUUGGGGAAAAUCAGACACCCUAAUGUUCUUACCCCUUUAGCCUAUCAUUACCGUCAAGAAGAGAAGCUUGUUGUCUCUGAGUAUAUGCCUAAGAGCAGCUUACUCUAUAUUUUACACGGUGACCGUGGGAUACAUCAUUCCGAGCUAACUUGGGAGACAAGAUUGAAGAUCAUCCAAGGAGUAGCGCAUGGAAUGCAGUUCUUGCACGAGGAGUUUGCGUCCUACGAGCUCCCACACGGUAACCUAAAAUCAAGCAAUAUUCUCCUCAGCGAGACCUACGAGCCAUUGAUCAGUGACUACGCAUUCUUACCGUUUCUCCAGCCAAGCAACGCACAAGCAAUGUUCGCUUACAAAACUCCAGAGUUUGCGCAGAGCCAAGAGGUUUCUCAUAAGUCAGACGUCUACUGCCUCGGGAUUAUAGUACUAGAGAUCUUGACAGGGAAGUUUCCUUCUCAAUACUUAAACACCGGUAAAGGAGGGAUUGAUAUAGUUGAAUGGGUGCAGUCUUCUAUCGCAGAGCACAAAGAAGAAGAAGUUAUCGAUCCGGAGAUAGUAAACAAUGCUGGUUCGGUGCCACAGAUGCUGGAAAUGUUGCGGAUUGGGGCUGCUUGUAUCGCAAGUAAUCCAGAUGAGAGACUUGACAUGAGGGAAACUGUUAGAAGAAUAGAACAAGUGAAAAAAUGA